AUGGCCAAGUUUAGUUUGUUUGCGCUGGCCACCUGGGCUGGUCUAGCCGCCGCCAAGGACGUUUACCUGAAAUGGGACAUUACUUGGGUGAAUGCUGCCCCGGAUGGGUUUGAGCGCCCGGUCAUUGGUAUCAAUGGCCAAUGGCCCUGCCCGCAGAUCGAUGUGAACUUGGGUGACCAACUGAUCGUCGAUGUCUACAACCGUCUCGGAAACGAGUCCACGGCUAUCCACUGGCACGGCAUGCGCCAGCAUGGCAGUGGAGUUAUGGAUGGCGCCGUUGGAGUCACUCAGUGCCCAAUUGCCCCCGGCGCACACAUGCAAUAUCACUUUGAUGUCAACCAAACUGGAACAUACUGGUACCACUCACACAACGCGGGCCAGUACCCCGAUGGAUUCCGUGGUGCUCUGAUUGUCCACGACCCUAGCCCUCCUUUCCACUAUGACGAUGAAUUCACACUCACUCUGAGCGACUGGUACCACAAGGAGAUGCCGGAGCUGCUCGGUACGAUCACUGCGGCCUCCCAUGGCCAAGAGCCCCUCCCUGACGCGGCAUUGAUCAACGACUCAACCAACACCAAGAUCAAGGUUCUGCCCAACAAGACGUAUCUGGUUCACAUCAUCUGCGUUGGAAACUGGCCCGGCCACUUCUGGGUGUUCGAUGGCCAUGAGAUGACUGUCGUGGAGGUCGACGGCGUCUAUACCGAGCCCUACCCGGCUGGAGACAAGUUCCUGCGCGUUGCGACUGGUCAGCGAAUGAGUGUCUUGAUUAAAACCAAACCUGAUGCCAGUCAGAACUUUGCUAUUUGGGAUACCAUGGAUGUCAACAUGAUGUUCAUCUUCGAAAAUCGUACCAUCCCGGAGAACUACAACCCCAAUGCUACCGCCUGGUUGGUGUACGACGAUGCCAAGCCCCUACCUCCGCCUCCUGUCUUCAAUAACAUUGACGCCGCAACGGACUUUGUGGAUGAUGUCCUAUUGGUACCUGCCGACCAUGAGCCCAUCCUGCAGCCCGUGGACCACCAGAUCAUUUUGGAUACCGCCGCCGGUCUGGUAGACGGUGUUCCGCGCUUCACUGUCAACGGCAAGACGUACAUCGCCCCGAAGGUGCCAUCGCUCUACACUGCCAACACCGUCGGUCCCGAGUUUUCCUCCAAUCCCGAUGUAUACGGCCAAGUAAACCCCUUCGUCGUGAAGUACAACGAGGUCGUCGAAAUCAUCAUCAACAACCACCACAACAACCUGCACCCAUGGCACUUGCACGGUCACCAAUUCCAGGUUCUGCAGCGUACCCCAGUUGAUGGCGGCUUCUACACGGGUCUAUCGAGCAACGUCUCCAACACCCCGAUCAGACGCGACACCAUCAUGGUCCAGAACAACGGCCACACCGUCAUCCGCUUCCGCGCCGAUAACCCAGGUGUCUGGAUGCUCCACUGCCACGUCGAGUGGCACGUCGAGACUGGUCUCAUGGCCACUAUCAUCGAGGCCCCCGAGACCUUCCAGCACAGCUUGCACGCUCCCCCGCAGAGCCAUUACGACACCUGCGCUGCCUACCCUCAAGGCGUCAGCGGAAAUGCUGCUGGUAAAAAUGGUCUUGAUCUGACUGGGCUUGACACCACACCUCCCACCACCAAUCACGGCGCUCUGUAUACUGCCACCAAGGGCACAAAUGCUCCCGCUGAGGCGAAUCAACCUCAGGGAUCGUCCCAAGCAUCGGUGCCGAAGCCAUCUCCCAGUGCCAACACAGAUGGUUACUGGAAAGUCCCUCACACUGAUGUCUACGUCGAGCACCCCGACAAACCGCACGACCACCACAUCACUAUCCACGAGGAGUCGACCAAGGGCCCGUGGCCAAACCAGAAUACCUAUAGCGGCUAUGUUAUUAAUAACGGUCACAGCUCUCCCAUCAAAGACUCUAAUGAUGAUGAUAUCCUGGCUGAGAUCAAGGAUUGGGAGUGA